UUGGGCUCCCGGGGGCGGCCGGGCCGGGGCCGCAGCUUCGCGCUGGAAUCGGGAAUCACCCGCGAGCGCCUCCGACACCGCCCGCAGGCGGAUGUCGUUCCCAGUAGCGGAGGCUGGGAUGUAGGUGUCGCGGCUGAGGGGAACGAGAGGCGGCGGCGAGCAGCGUAGAAGGACAGGGCGCGGGCAGCGCGCGGGUUGAGGGGCGUCCACAGCGCUGCGGGGUCGUGGGGAAGAGAGGGAGCAGGCAGGGGCUGCAGCGAGGCGAGGACUACCGGAUGAUUGGCAGCGCGUCAGUGGAAAGCUUCCCUGCCCUGAGCAGCCGGCACGCGGAGCGCGAGACGGGCACAAAACGCUCGGUCCGGCUUGAACCGCAGGCGGUGGGUCCCGUUCGGUGAUGAGAGAGCGGCACAUUACCUGAAAGAAGGUGCAGAGGAGGGGAUUGCGGCAGGCACAAGAAAACGAAAUAACUCAGCAGCGAAAUACAGCGCGUUGCGGAUUGUCCGGUCUAAACAUUCAGAGCUGCUCCAUCAGAGACCUCAGGCAGGGUGAAAUUCUGCAGCCUGGCGGGGGAGCUCAAUUGCAGUAGCAUGGAAGGGAAUUCUUCCUAAUGGACAACUGAGCACAUCGGGACUCCUGAGAUUCUGCAAGCUCGAGGCAGGCUGGGCUGGAACCAUGUCAAACAAGGCAGUGCUGGUGGAGUCGCUGCUGGUGUUCGCCGUGGUGCUGUCGGUGCACGCCGUGGUGUGGGACCGCUUCUCCUGGUGCGCCGUGGCUUUGGCCGCCCAGGCCUUCUACGUCCAGUUCAAGUGGGACCGGCUGCUGCAGCAGGGGGGGGCCGUGUUCCAGUUCCGGGGGGCAGCCAACAGCGGCCUCCUGCCCGCCAGCAUGGUCAUCCCCCUGCUGGGGGUGGUGAUGAAGGAGAGGUGCAGGGCUGCCGGCAUCGUCUACUUCGAGCGCUUCGGCAUCGUCGUGGCUUCCACGGGAAUGCUGCUCGCUCUCUUCCUGUCCGUCCUAGCAGUUGGCAUCACCAAACCUGUGCCAACCAACACUUGCAUCCUGACUGGUGUUGCUGGCAGCGUAAUUAUCUACACCAUGAAACAUUCCUUGACUGUCUCAGAAGUGAUAGAGGUUCUAGAAGUGCUGCUCAUUUUUGUCUACCUCAGUAUGAUCUUGCUGUACUUGUUGCCUCGAUGUUUUACUCCCGGCGAAGCGCUGCUGGUUCUCGGAGGUGUAAGUUUUGUUCUCAAUCAGCUCAUUAAACGCUCACUGAAUGUAAUUGAGGGCAGAGGGGAUCCCAUUGACUUCUUCCUUCUGGUAGCAGUUGUGGGAGUUGUUCUUCUUGGUCUUUUUUUCACCGUGCUCUUCGUUUUCAUGGAUUCGGGCACGUGGAUCUCCUCCAUGUUUUUCCACAUGAUGACAGCAGUGUUAGGCUUAGGGGUCAUCAUGCCUUGGCUGUACCGACUGAUCCAGAGGAACCCUUUGUUCUGGCUGCUCCAGUUUCUGUUUCAGACACAGACAAGACUUUACCUCCUUGUGUAUUGGACUUUCUUGGCUGCCUCAGCAUGUGGGGUGGUUUUCUACCAGAAUGCUAAGAGAUCAUCUGAAUCUAAAAAACACCAGGCCUCAACUAUAACCAGGAAAUAUUUCCACUUCAUUGUUGUAGCUACUUACGUUCCCGGACUAAUUUAUGACCGCCAGCUCCUCUAUGUUGCUGCAGUGCUGUGUCUGGCAGUGUUUAUCUUCUUAGAGUACGUUCGGUACUUCAGGAUCAAACCUUUUGGACAAACCCUGAGGCAUUUGCUCUCUCUCUUCUUGGAUGAAAGAGACAGUGGACCUCUAAUCUUGACUCAUAUUUAUCUCCUCCUUGGCAUGUCCCUCCCAGUGUGGUUGUUUCCCAGAUCUUGUGCUCCUAAAGGCACCUUGCCCGGGGCAGGGGCACUGGUCCCCUACUCUGGAGUGUUGGCAGUAGGGGUAGGAGACACCAUUGCCUCUGUUUUUGGCAGUACAAUGGGAGAAAUCAAAUGGCCAGGAACAAAGAAGACCUUUGAAGGGACAAUGACAGCUAUUUUUGCUCAGAUCAUUGCUGUGGCUCUCAUUCUGAUCUUUGACAGCAGUGUGAAUCUGAACUCCAGCUAUGCCUGGAUUCUAGCAUCUGUGAGUUUGGUUUCUCUUUUGGAAGCUUACACGACUCAAAUUGAUAAUCUGCUGUUGCCUCUCUACCUCCAGAUCAUGCUCAUGGCAUAGAAGCACUUCCAGGAACAGAGUUUUCUCCCUUCCUAGAGAAAGGUACUAGAAAAUGCACUUCAAUGAAAGCUCAAAGCUGAUGUUUUGGUACAGCAGAGAAAGCUGUUGAGAACAGAAAUGAGAAAGACUAAUUUAAAACAAAGAUUUUGAUUGUUUUUACCCCUGUUGAAAAUAGACGGAUUUAUGUUCUAACAGCAACACGACUGAUAAAAGCAGCACUUGUGUUUAAUAAUCCAAUUUAAGUUUCUUCUGGGUGCCCAAGGGAAGAAGAGGUAAGUCAAUUAGAGAGGAAAAAAUAAACAAGCAAGUCUCUCAGAUGUUGCUACCUCUGUACUGUACCUUGUUUUCUGUACCGAGUCCCACGCCUCGUGUUUAAUGUGUGAACUCUGAUGUCUGUAUAAGCACGAUGUAAAGCAUGUUUGAUAAUGGGGGGGGCACAGGAACCAGGAACAAGUGUCCAGCUAUGUCCAGUCCUCAUCAGCAAGAGCCAAAACCACACCACGAUGCACAAACACAACUCCAAAGUCAGUAUUUGCCACAGCCGAGUUAUCCAGGGUGGGUGGUGAAGGUUUGGGGAUGUCAGACACUGCUCAUUCCAGACCAUACUAAUAAGAACAGUGGAUCUUUAGCCCUGAAGUUUGCUUCAGCAAGAAAAAUGUUUUAUCUUUUUCAAGAUUUAAUCUCCAAAUUAAUUUGGAAUGAAUAUUGGGGAGAGGGGGGGAAAUUAAGCUAAGUCACAGCUAAAACUAAUUACACAUUAAUCCUGAAAGCAGAACAUCUGUCAAAGUCAAUAAAAUUUUCUACUAUUACA